CGCUAGGCGAGCGGGCGGGGCGAGCAUGCGACACUGGCCCGGCGUGUGCAGGCGGCGGCGCUGAUGAGCCAUGGACGAGUUCAGUAGCAGGACGUAUGGCACCAGCGGCCUGGACAACAGACCUCUCUUCGGCGAGACGUCGGCGCGGGAUCGCAUCAUCAACUUGGCAGUGGGAGGAUUUACGUCCUUAGUUGUGCUGGUGACCGUCAUCAGCUCUUUCGUUUUCCCGUCGUUGCCUCCGCGGCCGCUCAACGUUUUUUUUGCCGUUUGCAUCCUGCUCGCCUGUGGAUCCACCAUUUUGCUGAUCUUCUGGUACCGCCAAGGCGACCUGGAGCCCAAAUUCCGCAAGCUGAUCUACUACAAGCUGGCUUGUAUCGUGUUGCUGUGCGUCUGUGCCAACCUCUACUUCCACGACGUCAGGUGAGCCACCAGCGUGCCGACGCCAGCCAGGACGGGAA